UUGGCUUGGCCUCACUCUCACGAUCGGCCACCAUCGCCACAUCGCUGGCUGGUGUGUGGCUGCGCGACCUGCAGGCUUCGCGAGGCCAAGGAGGAGCUGCAGGUGUUAGCAGAGCGGUUAUCUUCAUGUGGCAAGCAGGAAUGUCUCCACAUCAUUGCCUUGCCCACGUGGACGUGACUGGCAGCACCACGCGGACGGUGCUUUCCUGGACGAAUUUGAAAGGUGUGAGUGGUGUGCAUCACACUCGUCCGUCGGUAUCGGGAUGCCCACGAAGCAUCACCACACGUCGCCGGAAUCUCCUCAUUUCUGCGCCAGUGUCGUGCCGUUGCGGCGGCGGCGCUUCUGUUCGCGUCUGUCUCAGCAGAAGAGAAUGUGCUGACGUGGAGGACCGCCGACGAGUCAGCCAUCCACGUCCGCAGCCGUGUAUCGCCGAUCUCCACCUGGCACUUGGGGGUGCAUGGCCAAGUACACAGACGCUAAGGAAGGCACGGACAUGUGCUGCAGCAGAAUCCAAGGGUCACGCGCGAGACAGUUCCGGUAAGGGGGGCGGUACUGCAACGUUGUGCCCAGGCGGAUCAUGUGGAUAUCUCGGAUGGCCACGUGGCAUCAAGAAGUACUAUGAAACGCUGCCACGUGCUGGCACUUGUCUGCGUCAGCUUCGACGUGGCGGUUUUGUAGGCUCUGUGGAAAGUGAACCCUCAUCAUUCACUGUUUGCUUCCGCCUGUCAUCUGGGGGAACCUGGAGUUGGGAUCGAGAUCGAGAUCGGACUCGAUUCCGAGCCAAGAAACAGGAGAACGGCGGGUCAUUGACGGAAAGCAGACCACAUGUCGUUCGCUUGUCGAGGGACAACGAGUCCUCCUCACAACCGUGCAGCUGGUGGUCGCGAUCAUCCUGCUCGUCUGUGAAAUCAUGCAUGUCUUUGGCCUUACGCACGCUGCCAUGCACAUGCAGCCGGCUGCUCGGGAGAGAGACUGCAAACCGAGGGCUGCCCCAUCUGGACUUGGACUCGGCGGGAAAUGGACCGACAGUCUCUUGGUUUGCCCGAGUGCCAUUUUGGCACAAAGCUGUGUUACGGAUACGACCAAGUUCAGCUUCUGGUACGGAAGUUAUCGAUAAGGAUGAGGAUUCUCCUGCUGCACAGCUUGAACAAAAUGCGAAAAUGAUGGAGUUUGAGGCAUUGAAGGAGGAGGAGGAGGAGGAGGAGGAGGAGGAGGAGGAGGAGGAGGAAGAGGAGUUGUUUGGAGGGCUAGCGCUGCGCUCACGGGAGCCAAUCAGUGCUGACAAAGAUCGGGGAGACAUCGUCAAGGAGGAGGAGGAGGAGGAGGAGAUGGGAGAAGGAGAAGAGGCAGAAGGUGGGAAAGAUGGCCCAUGGAGUAGCCGAAGUGUGUCUUGUGAGGUGGAGGCUGUUUCUUGGCGCCAGCGAAAGAUACGGGCCAGCAUUUCCGUCUUUGCCCCAGCUGAUUUGAUAUGGACCAUUUUGACAGACUACGAGCGUCUUGCAGAGUUUAUCCCCAAUCUUGUGCAAAGCGAGCGGAUCCCGUGCCCUAUCCCUGGGCGAAUGUGGGUGUCCCAGGUUGGAGUGCAGUCGUCGAUGUACUGGCAGAUACAGGCGAGAGCCAUUCUCGAUCUUGAGGAGAAGAAGGAUGCGGUUGAUGGGCCAGAGCUGCUGUUCAAAAUGGUUAAAGGAGACUUUGAACUAUUUGAAGGAAAAUGGAGUUUGCGUCCCGGCGAAACAGAUAGCGGCAGCGAAGGGGAAACGUUGUUGGUUUACGAGGUUAAUGUCGUGCCGAUGCUGCUCCUUCCUACUGUUUUUGUGGAGAGAAUCAUCAGAGCCGACCUGCCGAAGAACCUUCGUGCAAUUGCAGCACGUGCAGAGAUGUUCCUCAUGCAGUCACGUGCUCUCACCGUGUCAGAGGAUUCAAAGAAUUUCCUUGCAGACAAUGCGAAGGGUGAUGAUCAGAAGGAUGCCCUUCCCGGAGGAGGAGGAGGAGGAGGAGGAGGAGGACAGCUGGCAUCCUUGUCGUCAUCCUUGUCCUCGCUGCCGGUCAUCAGCAGCAGCAAUUUGGAGAAAGCUUUGCAGGAAGAAGAACACAUUGGUUGGCAAGAGGGCAGUGGGCGCACUAUGAUCACAGCGAGGGAAGCACUGACGAUGUUUGGAAAGGACGCCAUUUGGUCUGGAAAAAAAGAGAUCUUGACACAAUUUGAUCUUGGCCUCGACCUGGUGAGGAUUUCCAAAACGGGUUUUCUUAGCCUCAAGGAUGACAUUCCCACCAGGCAGGGGGAGGAGCUCGAUAAGGCGGUUCUCGACAGCCGAAGAGAGCGCAACUGGGAGAAGGACGCAAGAGGCAUUUGCGAUAUUGACGACGGGGGGGAGUGUAAAGUAGAUGAAAUCCAUCUGCGUCGUCUCGAUGACCUCCUCGAGUAUGGAGGUUGCCACCGACGAGUUAUUGCGGCAAUCACAAUCGACGCUCCAGUGACGGAGAUAUGGAAUGUCCUGACGGAUUAUGAACGUCUUCCAGACUUCAUUCCUAAUUUGGCAAGCAGCGAGGUUGCUGCUACCCGGAAAAGGAAUAGGGUGCGUCUCGUCCAGAUUGGGUUCAAGUGUUUGAUGUACAUGGUUUUGCAUGCUCGUGUCAUUCUCGACGUCGUGGAAAAGCCGCUGAAAGAGAUCGUGUUCCGACUUGUUGAAGGAGACUUCGACUCAUUCCAGGGCAAGUGGAGCCUCGAACCUAUCGCUAAGGACAAGACACUCCUACGCUACAUCGUGGACAUACAUAUCUGUAAAGAUUCUCUGCUCCCUGAGGCACUUGUGGAAGAGGUCAUUUAUGAAGAUCUUCCCGGAAAUUUAUGCGCCUUCCGAAAGCGUAUCCAGGAGCUACGCAAACUAAGAAAAAACAACGAUGGCGAUGGCGAGGGCGAUGAUGGCGAUGGUGACAUCGACAACGGCGAAGCAUUGCCAUUGUCGUCAAACUCAACGGCAGUGGGGUCUAGGAACGACUCGAAUGCAAAGGGAAAGACCGGCGGGGGGSGGGRGGGKGGGCUAGGACGAAAACCGGGCAGAGCUGAGAAACACGGUGGCAGUGGCGGGAAGAAGGCGCCACCGGUGACAGGAAGUCGGCGAAAGCGACCGCGAGAGCGAUUACGAGGGGCGAAAGAUGUGUUUAAAGACUUGAGUGCCAUUGAACAGGAGCUGACGGCUUUUAUAUCCAAAUUUGGCGAGCAUGGCAUAAUGCCGAUGAGAAGUGAGAUCAGGGCACAGAGAAGGACCGAUUUGGAAAAAGCGAUAACGAGAGAGGGCGGCUUCGUAAAGGUUGCAGCGAGGCUUGGGCUGAAGCUCGCUUAUCGCCAACGAAAGCCCAAAGGGUACUGGCAUAACCUAGAAAAUGUCAGAAAGGAGAUAUUGGAUUUUCAAAAACAGGAGGGAAAGGACCUCACACAGAUGCCGACAAGGCGUUCUAUGGAGCGUGCAGGCCGUUUUGAUCUUGCAAGGUCCCUUGAGAAAUGGGGAGGCCUCAUGGAAGUGGCCCGCGCUCUCGGCCUCCGAGUGAAACACCAGGCGCCGGCAUUGUCCAAAGCAGCCGCAAUAAAUCUUCUUGCGGAGGAUAUAUCGUCUUCAGCAAGCGGAAUCAUGAUUUCCAGGGCAGAAAUCAGUAUGAUGGCCAAGAGCAUCCACAUCAGCAAAGGGGAGAGCGACAACAGGGGCCAAGGCGGAGCGCAGGCGCCUCCGGUCGGCUUUGAUCAACCCACGAAAACUAUAUUUCCAAAGCGCUCAAAAUGGAGCAGGCUAGGAAAGAGGCAUCAUCACAGCUAGAAGAAAAAGGAAAAGACAUCAUCAUCAUCAACAACAACAACAACAACAUAUCCCACUGGUGAACUCCAAGGCCUAUACUGACACAACGGGCGUGAAGCGUUCAUCUUUCCCACCCCGACCCCAAGCCCGACCCACCCUGGGGUGGUGUCUCCUCCGUUCUUCUCUUGGCCAGCAGCAAAGCUGAUGAGCGGAACGAGGAGCAGCCUACCGUCUUCACCUGAAUAGAACGCCCGGUCAUUAUAGCAGUAUUUGGCACAACUUUCAGACCAGAUACGGCGAUAAUUACAGGGCGGCAGACAAACGAAGGGCCCAUUCCCCCCAGCUGGAACAGGGGCCAGUGGGGGUCAAGCAAGGCCCGCCCUCUCAUUCUGCAAGUACCUUCAAAACAGCCAACGUCUUCCCCCGAACACAACGCACCCUUAUUUUGGCUGUAUCUGGCCGGAAAUAUAGCUUGUAUACAUUCAUUUUUAGGGUGCAUUAUGUUCGGGGGAAGACGGUAGCUCCCCCACGCCUCAGGGGGUUAGGGCAGCCAUGAAGUCCUCCAGCAUUCUUAGCUUCAGCAACAGGACCACAUGCCGGAGGGCGGUAGCUGUCCACAAUGAGACCAGAGGACCAGGACUACACGAGGAGCCUAGCUCCCCCACGCCUCGGGGAGACAGGCGAUAGGCAACAUAAGGAUAGGAAGUCCUGAGUACAUACAUGAGUCAGUCUCAGUCAGAUGUCUGAUCACUGUCAGUCAUGGAAAUGCCUUGUAAUAUGAGGGACGCUGGACCCGGUUUCCAGCAGGUGCUGCUCCCCACCAAUAGAUGGAGCCUUCAACCGUGGAGCCACUUAGGGAGGCUGCUCAUAUCACCUUGCUAAGUGCUGUCCACGACUCGAAGUUUGGCCAAAAAAAAAAAAAAAAAAAAAAAAAAGACGCAAUAGCAUAGCUUGAGUGAGUUGAUUGCUCUGGUUGUUUUUGUUUGUGCACAUUGUGUCCUCCUCGAGAGUAAAGCCUUGCAUGAUGA